GAUCCAAGCAACCCUAAAAUUUUCCUUUCUUUGCAACAUACUACUACUACUGCAUUUUUGGAAAUUACACCAUAUUUUGAUUUUUUAGGUAUACCUUUCUCUCUCUCUCUCUCUCUCUCCCACUCUCUCGAGAAAGGACAAAGAGGUGGUAGGGGGGAGGGGAGAGGAGAGGAGAGGAGAGUGUGCAUGUUGUCUCAUGCAAAAGUGGAGGAGAAUUUAAUUCCUUCCCUACCCUAAAGAUCAAGAGCUAUCUAUGUCUUGAAGAAAGACAAUACAUGCUUUAGAAGGAGACAAAUUGCUUUUCCUUCUUUUCUUUUAAGCCCUUCGUGUCUCUCUUCCACACACACACACGCAUCAUACAUAGUCUUUGUCUAUUUUGGAGUAGCAGUUGUCGAGGGAGAGAGCAAGAAAGAAAGGUGUGCAAUAUAUGGGCAUAAGAGGAAACCAAAGGAAAUGACUUGGUGCAAUGACUGCAACGAUGUGCAAACAAUUGAAAGAAGCUCACCUCCACCUUGUAAUGCAAGUGUUAUUGCUCAAAGACACAAAGAAUGCUUGAUUCGAAGUUGCCCUUCAUGUGGGCACCAAAUCAAAUGCCAAGACCAGGCAAGAAUCCAUGACUUGCCAGGGCUACCGGCCGGAGUGAAGUUUGAUCCGACUGAUCAAGAGCUGCUUGAGCAUUUGGAGGGGAAGGUGAAGUCUGAUACCCGCAAGGUCCACCCUCUAAUUGAUGAGUUCAUCCCUACAAUCGAUGGAGAGAAUGGGAUUUGCUAUACACACCCAGAAAAGUUACCAGGGGUGAGCAAAGAUGGGCUAAUUCGCCACUUCUUCCAUCGGCCAUCAAAAGCAUACACGACUGGAACAAGAAAGAGAAGAAAGGUGCACACGGACACAGAAGGUGGUGAGACGAGAUGGCACAAAACAGGCAAGACUAGACCGGUUCUUGUUGGUGGAAAAGUGAAAGGGUACAAGAAGAUACUAGUGCUUUAUACCAACUAUGGGAAGCAAAGGAAGCCAGAGAAAACAAAUUGGGUGAUGCAUCAAUACCAUCUUGGAAACAAUGAAGAAGAGAAAGAUGGAGAGCUUGUGGUUUCUAAAGUUUUCUACCAAACACAACCUAGACAAUGUGGUUCUCUCAUCAAGGAUUCUGUUUCUGUUCCUUCAAAAUUAAAGGUACAAAGUAGUGGGCAUGAGGGCUCUAACCUUAAGAAUAGUACCACUCUUGUUGAGUACUAUCACCCUUCUUCUUUUAUAUCCUUUGACCAAAGUGGACAGAAUAGAUCAACAAACCCUAACCCUCCUCAACAGCUACUCUCCCAUUUUGCAGUUCAUGACGGAUCUUCUUUUAUCCCCUGAAAAAUAAAGCAAUGGGAGUCUCUAUGGCUGCAUGAUAUGGUGGCCUAUGUAGCAAAAUAUAUAGAGCUUCCAAGUUCCAAUCUUUGAGCAUUGGUGAAAUAAAUUAAUAUAUAUAUAUAUAUAUAUAUAUAUAUAUAUAUAUAUAUAUAUAUAUAUAUAUAUAUAUAUAUAUGAACUUAGGAGAGGCCAAAAGCCAGAAUAGAUUGAGAAGAAUAAAUAUCUUUGGCAAAGAACUAGGAGCCAGAUUCUUGAGGGUUAGAGAAUUGAAGAAUAUUUCGGCAAUAUUAAUUCCUUUCUUCUUCUUUUUCACUUUCUUUAUUAAUUCAUGCUUUGUACAGUGUGACAAAGAUGUAAAUUUCACAUGGGUUCUAACCCUUUUUCUACGAGAGAAUGUUAACUUUGGACCUGUACAAAGAUGAUGAUUCUUAAACUAUAAAUAUUCUGACAGGAUUUGUUUCGUA